AUGCUUCCGGAGCGCGUUCCCCGCCGCCGGCCUACCGGGGCGGUGCGAGGCGUUGAUUGGCGGAGGCGCGGAGGGGCGUGUCUGAGCGGUCUAUGCUAGGCGCGCGGGCUCCCGCGCGGUGGCGGAGCGGGACCGGGCUUCGGGAAGACGUGGGAUGGGAGCAGGCAGGGCGCAGGGAUGCAGUGCAGAGGCACCCAGCCCCACUGCCAUCCCAGCCCAUCCCACAAACUCCCCUCUCUGCUGGCAGGUGGCCUUGGACCCAGCAAGAAGAUGGCAAACUCAAUGCAGGGCGACGGAGGCCUCCCCAGUGCAGAGCUCUGGGCCUGCCAUAACAGGAUGGUAAUGGAGCCGCUCGACAGCAACGACCCGGAGGUGCACAGCAUCAUCAAGAAGGAGAAGCAGCGGCAGAGGCUGGGGCUGGAGUUAAUUGCAUCAGAGAACUUUGCGAGCCGAGCAGUCCUGGAGGCCCUGGGGUCCUGCAUGAACAACAAAUACUCUGAGGGCUACCCAGGGCAGAGGUACUAUGGCGGGACGGAGUUCGUAGACGAGCUGGAAAGGCUGUGCCAGAAGCGAGCCCUGCAGGCGUACCGGCUCGACCCCCAGAAGUGGGGCGUCAACGUCCAGCCCUACUCAGGGUCACCCGCAAACUUUGCAGUGUACACGGCCCUGGUGGAGCCCCAUGGCAGGAUCAUGGGGCUGGACCUGCCUGACGGGGGCCACCUCACCCAUGGGUUCAUGACAGACAAGAAGAAGAUCUCUGCCACCUCUGUCUUCUUCGAGUCUAUGCCCUACAAGGUCAACCCCAAGACGGGUUACAUUGACUACGACCGGCUGGAGGAGAAUGCCCGCCUAUUCCACCCCAAGCUGAUCAUAGCAGGUGUCAGCUGCUACUCGCGCAACCUGGACUAUGCCCGCAUGCGGAAGAUCGCCGACGCCAAUGGUGCCUAUCUCAUGGCUGACAUGGCCCACAUCAGCGGGCUGGUGGCUGCUGGCGUGGUGCCCUCCCCCUUUGACCACUGCGACGUCGUCUCCACCACCACCCACAAGACCUUGCGGGGCUGCAGGGCCGGCAUGAUCUUCUACCGCAAAGGCACCCGCAGCGUGGACCCCAAGACGGGCAAGGAAACACUCUACAACCUAGAGAGCCUCAUCAACCAGGCGGUCUUCCCCGGGCUGCAGGGAGGCCCUCACAACCACGCCAUCGCAGGGAUCGCUGUGGCGCUGCGGCAGGCCAUGACGCCCGAGUUCAAGGCCUACCAGCAGCAGGUGGUGGCGAACUGCAAGGCGCUCUCGGCAGCGCUGAUGGAGCUGGGCUACGACAUUGUCACGGGGGGCUCUGACAACCACCUGAUUUUGCUGGACCUGCGCAGCAGAGGCACGGAUGGCGGCCGGGCUGAGCGGGUGCUGGAGAUCUGCUCUAUCGCCUGCAACAAGAACACAUGCCCCGGCGACGUCAGCGCCCUGCGUCCCAGUGGCCUGCGGUUUGGGACACCAGCUCUCACCUCCCGCGGUUUCCGACAGGAUGACUUCCGCAUGGUGGCUCAGUACAUCCACAGAGGGAUCGAGCUGACGCUGCGCGUGCAGAAGGACAUGAGCCCCAAGGCCACACUGAAGGAAUUCAAGGAGAAACUGGAGGAGGAGAAAUACCGGGGGGAGCUGAAGGCACUGAAGGAAGAGGUGGAGGCCUUUGCAGCCACCUUUCCGCUCCCGGGGCUGCCUGUCCUGUAAGGGGAGGCACCCCUACCCGCUCCUGGAGCCAUGGAAGUACCCGGGAUUGUGGCACACUCACAGCCCCAGCCGGAGACCAACGCCCCAGUGCCUUCUCCCAGCACCUCCCUGCUGGCACUGGCUGCGGUGCAGCAGUGGCUCCUUGUUUGGCUCUUACCCACCUCUCUCCUCCCAUUUGGGGCACAGGACCCCCCUGAACACAGCCCCCCAUGGGGAAAUCAGCCCUUUCACCGUUCAACAUUACAAUUGGGACCAAGCACCAGGUAAACCCCGGCCUCACGGCCAGGUUCGAUCCCACUCUCGCUGGCUGGGGGAGCGGCAGACGAGGUUUAGGCAGGCCUGCCCACAUUUACCCAGACACGCUGUGCUCAGCUGCACAAGAGACUUUACAGCCGCUAAAACCCUUCCUGGUUUCAGCCUCCAGGAUUUCCUUUUGUGCCUUCCAGCCUCUGCAGGCUUUGACAAGGCCAAGCCUUGUACCGCACCCACUGAGAACAGCCCUCCUGGGAUCACCAUCCUGUCCUAGCCCACGUUGCUGGUAUUUCCUAAGACCUCUGAGCUCAAAGCUUAGGUAGAACCAUUUUUUAAUAAGCACGGUAAAAUUAAGAAUUUAACCACAAUGUAUGACAAGAAUUAUAAGCUUUAAAAAAUACAACCAAUUUUUUUUUGUAUUUCAAAAAUAUCUGAACCCAAAUAAAUAAAUUU